AUGGCGCACAAUACCCGAGCUCUUGCUCAGCAGCCUCUUGGCCGUAAUGUUAACCCCAACGCUCUCAUCGAAGGCAAUGAAGGUACCACAGCAGACUUGACCGCAACGCUCGAGGCUGGCUUGACCACCUCGGGGCCCGACUUGCAGCGCAUCAACAAGGAGUGGAAAGCCGCCCCUGGUCGAGAGAGGGCGUCGAAGAAGGAUCCACAAUUCGCGCAUCCCGCUCACAAGAAUCUCAUCGCCGACCCUUCAUUCUCUUUCCCCUCGCAUGACGUACUCAAAGCCUCCACGCUCACAUGUACUUCGCAUGAUGACUUUGAUGACAACAAUCUGAACGAAGGUGAGGAAACCACACAUUCACGCUCGGCAGAGUAUGAGUUGCGCGUACCGGGCCUGCCUUUGCUCGAUGGGGAAGUUGAGCUCCGCGAUGAGAUCAACGAGCUCGCUCAGAAGGCCAACGACACUAAAGCGCUCUCAAACUGGGAAGACUUUGAUGUGCCCACUGACGUGGCUGAUGCGCUCAGAAGCAUCGGUCUCGCAGCACCGUGGCCCUCGCAGAAAUUCAUCAUGGAGUGCACACGUGGUGGAAAGAACUCGGUGGUUGCUAGUGGGCCGUACGGAAGCGGAAAGUCGACGGGUACACUGAUCAAAGCGAUCGCAGAAGCCGUGAAGGCGAAUUUGAAGAGGCGCACCCAAGAGCGUGAUCAGAAGGCGGCGCUCUUGCGCAGAGAAGGCGACGUUGAAGGUGCGUCGGCGUUGGCAAUCUCAGAUUCGCGAGAGGCCCAAGACAGGAUUUCCCCCUUCGUUCUCAUCAUCUGCCCCACCCAUCAGUUGGCUUCUCAGAUGUCGCACGACAUCCGCCGCAUCAUCAAAGCAGGAAAUCUCAAGAUCCAGAUGGACUGCUACCACGGUGGUGAGGUCUUCCCAGCACGCACGAAGGACACUAAGCUAUAUGAUCCUGUCGACGUUGUCGUUGGUUGUGCCGGCAGAGUCAUGGACAUGCUGCAGAAGAAUAGAACCCUCUCCUUCCAAGCCGUCAAGAUCACGAUGUUUGAUGAUGCCAGGGUUCUUUUUGGGCCAACAUUAGACGACGAUCGCAAAGAGCACAUCAACGUCGUUCUUCAGUACAUCAACGUGGAAUGCGCGAAUACUAGUAUCAGUCUGAUCAAUACGACGAAGAUGCCUCCGAGUUUGGUCCGUGAAGUGUGUUCCAAGCUUCUCGAUUGGCAAGGUCAAGGCGCCGCCGAAGUCGUGUGGUCUGGAGGCGACGAUGAUGCAACCAAUCCCGAUCUUCGAUUCGUCAACAUUGCGGACACCAAAAAGCCAGAGGGCUCGAUCAUUGGCUCUCGGCGUGUACUUGCCCUGAUCGGUCUAAUCGUGGAGAUCUCUGUCAAUUCGUACAACAAAAUCGGGACGAUGUCUACCCUGAUCGGCGUGCGCACUCGACGCAUGUGCGAGAUUCUCGAGGAUGACUUGCUGCGCGGGACACGUACGAUGGGACUGGAUUUGGAGAGUCGUGUCCGCACAAUGCACAGCGAGCUCGGCGCGAAGAACAACGAUUACCAGUACAACGCUUUCAAUGAUGUGGUUGGCAAAGCUCACUUCUUGAUCUCCACCCCGGCGUACGCUUCAACAGGCCUCAACUAUGCGUGCAACCCCAACGUGAUCUGCUUCGACGUCUGUCGUGAUCAUCCUUCGGGGAGUGCUAUGGACACCUGGAAAGCGUUCAAGAGCCGCACUGGUCGCGUCGGCCGCGGUGGCCUCUGCAUCACUCUCCUCGAUCCAGAGCAUCACGAGGAUAAGCAGUUCAUCGUCAACAUCGUGCCCUACCUCCAGCAGCGCAAGAAGACCGUCCCGGAGUUCAUGCAAACCGUGUACCAGGAGCAUGUGGCCCAGAAUCAGCAAGUAGAAACACACCUUGCGCAGGAUGGAAGCUACAGUAACUUGGACGAAGAGAACGAAGAAGACGAUGGUGCUCGUGACGGAGAGAAGGAUGAUGCCGAGAAGACGGAUGCUGAGAUGGGGGACGGCGAGAAGGGUGAUGCCGAGAAGGGUGAUGCCGAGCAGGUUGAGCAGGUCGAUGCUGAGAAGGAGGUCGAUGCUGAGAAGGAGGUCGAUGCUGAGAAGGUCGAUGCCGAGAAGGUCGAUGCCGAGAAGAAGGUCGAUGCUGAGAAGGAGAAGGAGGUCGAUGCUGAGAAGGAGAAGGAGGUCGAUGCUGAGAAGGAGAAGGAGGUCGAUGCUGAGAAGGAGAAGGAGGUCGAUGCCGAGAAGGAGAAGGAGGUCGAUGGCGAGAAGGAGAAGGAGGUCGAUGCUGAGAAGCAGGUCGAUGCUGAGAAGCAGGUCGAUGCUGAGAAGCAGGUCGAUGCUGAGAAGCAGGUCGAUGCUGAGAAGCAGGUCGAUGCUGAGAAGCAGGUCGAUGGCGAGAAGCAGGGGGAUGGCGAGAAGCAGGGGGAUGGCGAGAAGCAGGGGGAUGGCGAGAAGGAGGGGGAUGGUGCUCGUGACAUUGAGGAGGUGAAUGGCAAGAAGGCGGAUGGCGAGAAUGCGUAA